CUAAAGUAUUGAAUGCUCUUUGUAGUAGCAAUACUUUUCCUGACUUGCUGCAAUGCAGAGGAGGAAAAGGUUACAAUUGAAGAGUUCAACAAUAAGAUAUUCUGGGAAAAAGAUCAACAGGGAAUGGUUGAAUUAGAUUUGUUUUUUGACAAUAUUACAGACUCCAUGCUCAUUGCUGCAGUAGGGGAUCUUGAUGGAGACAAAUUUACAGAUAUUAUCACUGUUAAUUCUGAAAGAAGUGCAUUUAAAGUAUUUCUUUAUGACAAAAGGACAAAGCAUUUUAUUUAUACUGAAAAGGAGUUUCCUGCUGAAUGAAUUAUUGCUAACAUUCAAACAAUGCCUCAUAAAGGAGGUUUACUUGUAACAUGUUCAAAACCUGAAUCAAUACUUAAAGUCUAUUCCAGUGUUGGAAAUGACCCAGUAGAUUUUCAGGAAAAUAAAAAUAAGAGAAUUAGCAUACAAAGGGGGAACCAGCCCUUUAUUGCAGAUUUUAAUGGAGAUUUUUACCCAGAUGUUCUUUACCAAAGCUCUGAUGGGAUAAAAAUUGCAUUUAAUACUGCUUAUAGUGAAGAUUUAAUUAUUGAGGAUUUUGAUAAAUACAUUAAGCAGAGAGGAGCAAAUAGAAAAUGACUUGAAAUUGAUUCUUCAAGACAUUUAGCAUCUCCUGGUUCGGUUGGAUAUGUAGAUGUGGAUGGAGACUGUGUGGCAGAUCUGUUAAUGACUACCAAAGAUUCUUCAGGAAAUUUAUAUCUGGAAGUGUACAUUAGUAUUCUUGGUUAUAACGAGAAUUUAAAAGACAACUUAAAUUUCUCAACAAGAUACUGUCUUGUCAAGAAAGCGCCUCUUCCUGAUGGAAUAGAUCCUACCUUAUUGUUUGCUGAUUUUGAUAGAGAAGGAAUGAUAGAUGUUCUUGGAUUCUCAUCAAAAAAGAAAAGUAUAUAUCUUUUCAAAAAUGGCUUAAAACCAAGAAGCAGUAAUUCUGAUAACUUAUGCCAUCCAGCAAGUCAUAUCGAAGAAGAUAAUGAAAUAUUUCCAGGUCUAGAUGGCUCAAAUACUAUGAUAUCAAAUGAUGAUGUAACAGUUAAUAGAAUAGUUAAAAUUCCUUAUUUCAAGCAAUUGCAUGGUCAUACAGAACUGUUCCCUCCCAGACUUAGAUUUGGAGACAUUGAUUCUGAUGGGUAUCCAGACUUAAUAGCCACCUUUGAAUUAUCAGGUCAUAAUGCCUUUGCUGCUGUGCUCAACAAUGGAGAAUGCAAAAAUCCAAAAGCCCAAAAUUGAAAGAAAGGAGAUAGAGUUUUUGAAUACGAUCAAGAAAAAUACAACGAAGCCCUUAAAAAGCACAAUGAUGUCAAUUAUGCUUUCUUCUUUGAUAUCGAAGAAAAUGGGAGCCUUGAUAUCAUACUUUCUGUUCAUGAUGUAAACGAAAGGAAGGAUAAAAUAAUCCCUCUUAUGUCAAAUUACGACCAAGAUUCUUUCUAUCUUAAGGCUAAGGUAGUCAGACAUACAAAUGCUAAAAAUGAUAUUGUUCUCUCUGGAGCAACAGUCAGAGCGUCCUUUACUCAACUAGGAGAUGAGAAAUAUAUUCUUGUUGGAACCCAGAGAAGUCAAGAGUCGUAUGCAAAUCUAGGAGUUUCAUACUCAUAUUUUGGAAUUGGAAGAUCGAAUAAUUAUAUUGAAGCGUUCACAGUUGGAGCUAUUAUAUAUGGCAAAAAAGUAGUAAGAACAUGGACACCUAUCAUUCCUAACUCACAGCUCAUUGUAUCAACUCAGAUGAGUCAAAAUCCUGAUGAUUGGGAUGUUGAGCUACUUGUGUGGCCAACAAAAGCUAUAAAUAUUUUAGUUGUAGUUAUCGCUCUUUUCUUACUGGUCCUAAUUCUGCUGAUAAUAAUAAUGCAUUUUGCUGAAAAAUCUGAAGACGAAAAGAUGCAGGCACAAGCUUUUGAUUAUUUCUAAUCCAUAAACUUAUAAUUCA